AGGCCAAGUAGAGUGUUACAACUUCAACUGCUUUGUGGAAUGUUUGUGGUUUAUUGUUUAUAUCCGGGUUUUCGGCAGUGCUUGAAAUAACAUAUACGGAGGCGUCCGUUUUGUUAAAACAUUUCUUUGUUGGAAUUCAAAGUGAAAGUAUCUGAUCAACUAUCGAGAUGGUCUAAUACCAUCACAGAGUGAAGAUGUGCAGGAUCAACUUAAGCCUAAAGUGAAUGUCAAGAUGGAAACAGAUGAUACAGAGCAUGUUCUUGCUGGAACAUAUGAAAGUCUUGAUUAUGAUGUUUGUGAGAAUGUAAUACACCAAAAAGAUGAAGUACAUCGUGGGACAAAGUGGGUGAUCAAACGAGAGUUUGCAAGAUGGGCCGUUAUGGGGAUGAUUGGAAUUAUCACAGGUCUCAUCGCAUCUCUCAUAGAUGUCUGUGUAGAAUACACUUCAAAUCUCAAGUUCUUAUAUGUCAAACAUUAUGUUGAUGACUGUACUGAAAAAUACUGUCUAGCUUAUCCUUUCCUUGCCUGGGUUGGCUUUAAUGCUUUAAUAGUGAUGGUUGGAGCCAUUCUUACUGCCUGUUUUGAGCCAGUAGCUGCAGGGAGUGGUAUACCACAGAUCAAAUGUUUCCUUAAUGGGGUCAAGGUGCCUCAUGUGGUUAGGGUGAAGACGUUAAUUGUAAAGGUGAUAGGGGUUGUAUCAGCUGUUGCUGGUGGACUUGCGGUUGGUAAAGAGGGGCCAAUGAUCCAUUCAGGGGCUGUAGUGGCUGCUGGCAUCUCACAAGGAAGAUCUUCAACAUUUAAAUUUGAUCUCAAGUUGUUUGAGUAUUUCCGCACAGAUACAGAGAAACGUGACUUUGUGUCUGGUGGAGCUGCAGCAGGAGUUUCUGCAGCUUUUGGUGCACCAGUCGGGGGAGUACUCUUCAGUUUGGAGGAAGGAGCCAGCUUUUGGAACCAGUCAUUAACAUGGAGAAUUUUCUUUGCAUCAAUGUUGUCCACAGUGACAUUGAACAUCGUAGCGAGCUGUAGGAAUGGCAACUGUUUGGAUCUGUCCUCUCCUGGUCUAUUCAACUUUGGGAAAUUCAAUCAAACAAGCUAUGGUGGAGUUGAAAUAUUUAUGUUCAUUAUUAUGGGUGUUAUAGGUGGCAUUCUUGGUGCCUUGUUCAAUCAUAUAAACUAUAAAUUGUCUUUGUUUAGAAACAGAUAUAUUCAUUUCAAAUUUUUACGUGUGAUUGAAGUGAUGAUGGUUGCAAUGAUCUCUGGGACAGUGUCCUUCAUUGUCAUUCUGGCAUGGAAUGACUGUCAGCCAAUGAGAGCUGAGCCAGCAACAUAUCCUGUAAAGUUUUUCUGUACUGCUGGUCAGUACAGUUCUACUGCAUGGUUGUUUUUCCAAACACCAGAAGAAGGUGUUAAACAUUUGUUCCAUGAUGCUGAAGGUACCUACAGUGUAUGGACCCUGGUGUUGUACUGUCUGACUUUCUUCUUGCUGGCAUGUUGGACCUAUGGACUGUCCAUACCAAGCGGGUUGUUCAUACCAAGUUUACUGGUUGGUGCAGCAUGGGGACGACUGUUUGGCCAGUGUCUACAGCUGAUGUUUCCUAAUGCUGUAUGGUUAGAUUCUGGAAAGUAUGCCCUGAUAGGAGCUGCAGCACAGCUCGGAGGCAUAGUUCGGAUGACGAUAAGUCUGACUGUGAUAAUUAUAGAAGCUACAGGAAAUAUAACAUUUGGUCUACCUGUGAUGGUGGUACUCAUGGUCUCAAAGUGGAUUGGUGAUCUUUUUAAUGAGGGUAUAUAUGACAUGCACAUACAUCUUCAAGGAGUUCCGCUGUUAGGCUGGGAACCACCAGUCCUUUCUUCAAACAUUUCAGCAAGGGAAGUGAUGAGUCAUCCUGUGACAGUGUUAAGGACUCAUGAGAAAGUUGGUCGUAUAGUUGAUAUACUGAAGGCAGAAUCUCAUAAUGGGUUUCCUGUAGUACAGGACUAUGAUCCAGACAGAGUGCAACAUGAUGGUGUUCAAACUUUUGGUACAUUCCGAGGAGUGGUUCUCAGAGAUCAACUUAUUGUUCUCCUCAAAUUAAAGAUAUUUGAGGAGUACCCUGACAUACAGAGAAGACUUGGAGACCUGAAAUCUUCUGACUUCCGAGAUGCUUAUCCCAGAUUCCCCCCUAUACAGCAAAUUCAUAUAUCUACACAAGAACGUGACUUCACUAUAGAUUUGUUGCCAUUUAUGAAUUCUGGUACAUAUACAGUACAGGAUUGUGCAUCAUUACCACGAAUAUUUCGCCUGUUCAGAGCUUUAGGGCUGAGACAUGUUGUUGUCAUUAAUGAGCGGAAUGAGGUGCUAGGUAUGGUGACAAGGAAAGAUCUGGCUCGAUACAAAGUGUCUAUAUCACUGCCCAGCGGAACAAUUAAAAUCAAAGAAUUAGAUGUCUCCAGAUAACAUAAUGAUAGUGAAAAGGAUAUCUACUUUUAUUGCUACAAAAAAUCUUACUUAUUAGGAUACAUCCUAAGCUAAACUCUUAACACAUGUAAGGAUACUGCCAACUGUAUUCAGCUGACAUGCAGUUUGGAAUGGAUCAUUGGAAUACAGUCAUGAGCGUUGUAAGGCCUGCAUACUUCCUACGUUUUCUUACUAUAUAGGUUAGGCCUAAGUAAAAUUAUUGUUAGGUCAAAAUAGGAUCAUUCCUAGAUUAUGAACCCAAACAUCUGUACCCUGGAAACUGUGAUUUCUGACUUGCCUUCCUAAUUUACAUGUUAAGCCAGAAUUAUUCUCCUGACCUAAUAACAUAAAAUCUGAUUGAUGCUCACUUCCCUUUCACUGUGAAUUUUAAGAAAAAAUGAUAAUUGGUCAGUGUACAAUUCUAAGGAAGAAUUGAUUCUGGUUUGUGUUCUCUUCCUUCAGCUACUGAUUUAAGGAAGUAUUAAUACUCAUUUAUGUUCAAUUCCUUCUGCUGUGUUUUCUAAGGAAGAGGCAUUAAUGAUUGGUUUUCAUUCUUAUUUGAUGGAAAAAUAAAUACUCAUUUGUGUUCACUAUUAUUUGCUACAUAUUUAACCAGACAAUAUGGUAAUACAUUUUGAUAAUGUCCCCUGGUGCUUAACCUGUGUUUCCCAAAUUUUGAGUGAAACAUGCAUUCAUUGCUGCUUUUUGAACUCUCUUUAUAUAUUGAAUUAUUUUCAUUGUUAUAUCUGAGAAACUCACUAUAGCAAAUGUUUGUGAAAGAAAAAAGAGUGCUUUAUUAAUGAAAUAAGCAGAAACGGCUUCAAAAAGCAGCAGAAACAAGGUUUCCUGUGAAACAAUGGUAACAAUGUCAUUUGAAUACUAUUGUUUUAAGAUAUUUCUCCACAGUUUCAGUGAUUCAAUGAUUUCAUCUGUCACACUUAUCAUGUAUGUUUCUAUUAUAUACUUAUAUGGUAUAUAAUGUAAAAUGUUAAUCACUUGUAUCUAUCUUUCACGCUUUUUUAUACUCAGUUUUGAUAUUAGUUCACCAUAUAUGAAGUCAGUAUAGUUUUGUUUAGAGUUUUGAUAACUUAAUUGAAGUUGAUAAAAGGCAGCUUCUUUUUUUUUAAUGUGAUUCAUAUUUUUAUGUUGUUAAAGGUACAUGUACAUUGUAUAAAAUGUUUUCUGGAUGUUUAAUAAUGUUUCAAGUUAUACAGUUUGAAGCAGGAAGAAAGUAGAGAUUUUUCUAUAAAUUAUGUGGCAGUGUUCUACAUACAUACAUAGGCUGAUAAAACCUGACAACACCUGUGAAUAAUUAGACUAUACCUAUAGCUAGAGUAGUCAGUAUAAUUCUUAAAUUGAUGGUGUUUUAAAUGCAAGUAGAAAUGUAUUCUUUUUAGAAAAUCAAAGAUCAUUGUUUUAACAGUUAGCAGGGUGAACCCUAUGGCUCAUGUGUCUUACUCUGUUAUGAUCAGAGGAUGGCUUGAUGGGGCAAAAGUCUAUAAAGAUCCUUUUGAAGCAUAUAAUGCAACCAAGUACACUAAAAGCAGGCUCAGUUUUAUUUUAGUCUGUUCUUCACUUGUAAUGAAACACCCCUCAUUCCCCCUGUCAUUGGCUUAAGCUGAACUCUAUUAUACAUAAAGAAUGAAUGGACUCCAUAAUCCCAAAGGACCAGAAAAUAUAAAAACACUGCCUCACCUUAAUUAAACAGCUCUCACAUUAUUAAUGAAAUGCAUUUUUUGAUAAUUUUUGUUUACUGUAAGCAAGAUACAGUGAAAUCAUUUAAUUUCAUGGACAUAAAAUGUCAUGGCCUUGCCUAAAACUAUUUCAUUGAGAUGUGAAUUUGUAAAUACAAUAACAUGAAUGGGUAUUGUAUGUGUUCAAUGGAAUUCAAUUUUGUUGAUUAACUAAACAUAGAGUGCACAAAAAUUAGUCCCACACAAAUAGUACUGAUUUCACAGUAAUCUUUCUUUCAAUCUGACUGAAGUACAUCUCCUAUUACGCUACGCAUAGGAUCUGAGAACGACCUAUUCAUAGCCUCGUUCUGACGACCCUUUCGCUAGCCAAUCAGAGCCUAACUUACAACAUCUUGCAAAUCUACCUGUAGCCUUGACUUUUGAUAUUUACAAUUCUUAUGUCUUAAUGUGUCAGAUAGCCGGCUAUCUCAGUCGGUAGGCCACUUGCUUUGUAAGCGAGGGGUCCCGGGUUCGAGCCCUAGAAUGUCUGCACAUUUUUCUUACUCUUUGACAUUCGAACAAGUCGUCUGAUUGGAUAAAAUAAAAAUAGCAAUACUGGAAAUCCAAAAUAUACAGAAGACGAAUGUGAAUGGGUCGUUCUCAGAUCUUCGUUUAGAAGAUCAAGUACUUUAGUCAGAUUGUCUUUCUUUCUAAAUAGAGUAAAAAAAGUGCUAAUAUAUAAUUAUGUGUUCGUAUGAGUUUUAGAUUCUUUCUGUAGUAUGAUUUGAUGAGGGUAGUUAAGUAUGUUAUUUUGUUAUUGAUUUUUGUGUCGGCUAAACGAUGUAAUCGUUUUGAUGAGUCCUUGCUAUCCAGCGAUUCUCUAAGUCUAAAUGGACCAAAUAACACAGUGAAGCGAUUUAGUUCCAUUAGAUUUCUCAAAUUUCAAACAGUUCACUGCAAGAAUGAAGUUAAGUUGCGUGAAUUCCCUUUGCUAUGACCAAUAUACGAUGUAAUCUGUCAUAUUUAUGACUUGUAAUUGUGCAAUACUCGAAUGAAACUCAUUAAGCAUAAAUGUGCAUUUUAUGAAUUGCGCAGGCUUACAAAGCUUGCGUAACAUCCAGCGAAAGACAAAAAAUAGUUCCACAGGGCUCCAGAUAAGAUGCAUAUUAGCGUAAAUUACGUAUAGAAAUAAUGCAAAUACGCAUGUCUAAUAAUUACAAAACGUAUAUAAAAUUACAGAAAUGCACACAAUGCUUUUUUAAAAACAAAAUCUGAAUCGUCUGGAUGCGUUAGGUAACAUAGCCGAUCCCGAUCAGCCUUAAUUCUCCCACAUUGAAGGUAUACACGCAUCGUAUGAUUUCUAUAAACUUUGCGUGGGUUUCUACACACACACAUGAAUUUUGCAGUCAGUAAACGGAUAAAUUAUCGGAAGAAGAAGCUCUUACUGGUUUGUUUAGUAACUACAGAUAUUAAAAAUGAUUUUAAUUCUUAUUUUUCGAGAAAUAAACAAAUCGGCGAAACAUUAAAUUGUAUUUUCUUGUAGUUUUUGAAAUCGACUAUUGCAGUACUGGAUAGUAAAAUGUAAGCCUUUCAGUCUGUUAUAAUCCAUGAGCAACAUGAUAAUAAGUUAACCAGGAUUUUCUAGGAAAGUAGAUCGUCUAUGUUUGGCGAAACGAAACAACUUUUUUAUGAAAAGAUUUAAAUAAGAGGUAAUUUAACCGUAAACUUCAAUGUCAGAUACUGCCAGUUGCUGCUAAAUGUCUUCGUAUCAUCACAAUUUGUAAAAUAUAUUGUUCAAACUGGAGAAAAGUGUAAUCGUAUCUGGAUAUAAUAUUUUGGGUAAAUAUCGAGCUGUGUUAUGAAAUUUUAAGAAAAAAACUAAAAACAAACUGAAACUGGUAGACUAUACUGUCAGUACAUCAAUCAUUAGCCGACUCAGGCCAUUCAGGCCUUUGAUUUACUUUUUUAUUGAUUGCUAUACAUAAUUGAGCCGUGCCAUGAGAAAACCAACAUAGUGGGUGUGCGACCAGCAUGGAUCCAGACCAGCCUGCGCAUCCGCGCAGUCUGGUCAGGCUCCAUGCUGUUCGCUUUUAAAGCCUAUUGGAAUUGAAGAAACUGUUAGCGAACAGCAUGGAUCCUGACCAGACUGCGCGGAUAGCGAACAGCAUGGAGCCUGACCAGACUGCGCGGAUGCGCAGGCUGGUCUGGAUCCAUGCUGGUCGCACAUCCACUAUGUUGGUUUUCUCAUGGCACGGCUCAUAUUUUGUUAAAGCAGAAAUGAAUGCUUAUUAUAUUAUAUAAUAAAUGUAUAAAUGACUGGUAGAAUUGUAAAAUUGUUACUGUAUUUAUUGUUACUGGUAUGAGUGUACUAAUAUUUUAAAACCUCUGGCUUGCAUUACAUUCUUGAGAAUUCAAAAUUUUGACUUUAUUAACAUGUUUAAAGUAAAAGAAUUAGUUUCAUUCCAUGUAACUUGAGGUAAAUACAUAAGAUAAUUGACUUAUAAUGACACUCCACAAUUUCCAUGUGACUACAUACUCUUGUUAGGCAGUUUGGCAUCCUUUGGAUGUAAAGUAGCUCAAUAUGUGCAUGAAUUUCCGUAAAAAUCAAAGAAUGCCGAAAUCAUAUUUAGGGAAUACAUGAUUUGCCAAUUGUUUUUACUUGUCUUCUGCCUAACUUUCAGGUGUUUGAAAUUUCAGUGAUUCAGAAGUAUUUUGAUUGAUUUUAAAUUACCGAUUUUUUCUAAUACUUUUAUUGGAUGUAAGGAAGAGGAACAGCAGCACUUAUGUCUUUAUCAUCACAAAGCAUAUAGUCAUAUAGCCACUUGACUUAGAUAGGUCAAAGAAAAAUGUUUACCACUUCUGGACUAAAAGUUUUCAGAAGUAUUUGAGAUAGGUAUAUAUUUAUUGAUAUUUUUUAUUUGAAACAAGUGAUUGCGAACAUAUUUUUUGAACUCCAAUUCAGCAAUUUAUGUGUUUGCCUGUUCUGUUUUUAUAUUCUUACAAAUGUACUGAACAACAAUGAAAUAAUUGGUUUUACAUUCUGCUUUUCUGCAUAUUUUGGCAAAAUGUUCAAUAAAUGUACCAGAGUUUUAAUUAAUGAUGUUAGCCUGGAACUGAAAUCAAAAUUUUACUAAGUAUGCAAGUUGAUUCCAAUUGAUUUUAUACAGAACAGAACAACAGAACUAGUUGAUUUUAAAAAUGAUAAGAUCAAAGACUGCGUGCCUCUUGAAUCAAAACCCUGCAGCUGUGUGUGGAAUAUAUAGACAACAUAGAGGUAACAAACAUAUAAAGGAACACAGUGGAGCACUGCUGGCAAAAAACACCCCUGGGAAGUAUUGACAAGUUAGUAGUGCACAAAACCCCACUCAUAAUCCCAAAAUAUUGCCUACUGUUACAGGAUAUUGUAAAUGAAAUUUACCCCUGAUAUUUGAAUUCCAUACACAAGAAAUGGUAAAAAAAGACACAAUAUGCCAAAGAAAUGCUUGUGUAAUUUAUACAUUUAGGGUAUCUAAGUAUGCAGCAAAUAAUGCAUGAAGCAGUUUGUCAUAUAUCAUAUUUUAGGAUCAUGGUCAAUGCAUUCAUUACAAUUGCCUACUAAAUUGAUUGAUGUCAGCCUAUUUGGUCAUAUUUAUCCAUUUUUCAGACCUAAUUGAUAACCAAGAUCGACUCUAAAAUUUUCAUUUUAACCGUAGAUUUUGUUGAUUUGAGCUUUAAAAUUGCUCUAAAGAACUAUGUACACAUGAAAUCUAAAUCUUUGCAGAAGGCAGAGCAAUAACAAGAACACAUUUAGAACUCUAUGUAACAUGCCAGAAGAUCAGUAUCAAAGCAGCUCAGUCCUAUGGGCUUUAACCCUUACCCUGCUAAUUUUCUAUAAUGAGCUUAUCCAUCUUUCAAUUUAGACAGUACCAUUAACUUUUAAAAGGGGUGCUUAUCAAAAAGAUACUGACCGAAUGGCAAACAGUGCAGAUCAUGAUCAGACUGCACAGAUGUGCAGGCUGAUCAUGAUCUGCACUGGUCGCAAAGGCAGAAUCAAUCGUGUCCAGCAUGGUAAGGGAUAAGAACUUUCUUCCACAGAGUCCAUCACCUGUCCUGUCAGACACAAGCAAACUGGAAAGCAUAGUAUAAACUUUUACUUACACUGACCUGUAACUUGUGAACAUGGAGGGCAUUCAGAUUGAGAUCUGGUGUUCGCUAUUAACUGGUUAAAACUCUAAUAUUUUUGGCCGCUGACCGUUAUCACAAGCUUUAUUCCUUUAUUUGUCAGUUUUGUCUAAUUGUUUUACUUUAUGAUUUUUGUUCAUAAAUGUCAGCCAUUAGCCUGUCGCACUGUUCCUGUUGAAUCUUUAACUUUGUUUCUUAAUUUUAUAUGUAAGACUCAAUAUCUGUAUGUAUAUGUUGUUGUUGUUGUUGUUUAAAUGCAAAAUGUGCAAUAAUGUUAUGUUUGUUGUUAUGACAUUCCUUUUUCUAGUUUAAUUGACCUAAUUUCUGUAAACCGCUGACACCUGUUACGGAAGAUCAAAAGUCUGACAUGAAAUACAAGCUGGAACAAAUGUUACAUUUCUUUUUAGAGAAGUGGAAAUGUGUUUUUUAAGAGAUGUAUAUUUUGAAAUAUGUGUUUAUCAAAGGCUGAAGUAAAUGAAUAGCAAAGUA